AUGCCCAAGGCCAACGGCCACAAGAGGCAAAGCUCCUCAGCCGCCACCUCCCCCUACGCCAAACCCUCCAAAGUCGCCAAAAAUGCCGCCGCCAACACCAUUUUCAAAAUGAACACCGACCUCGGCCAGCACAUCCUCAAGAACCCGGGCGUCGCAAAAGCCAUCGUCGACAAAGCCAACCUCAAACCCACCGACCAUGUCCUCGAAGUCGGUCCCGGAACCGGCAAUCUCACCGUACUGAUCCUCGCCGCCGCAAAGCGCGUGACGGCUGUGGAAAUGGAUCCCAGGAUGGCCGCUGAACUGACGAAGCGAGUGCAAUCGAACCCAGCAGACUCAAAACGCCUGAACAUCUUACUAGGCGACGUGAUCAAGACCGAGCUGCCCCCCUUCGACGUCUGCAUAUCCAACACGCCCUAUCAAAUUUCCUCACCCCUCGUGUUCAAACUCCUAGCGCUCGAGAAGCCGCCGCGGUCCUGCGUGCUCAUGUUCCAGCGCGAGUUCGCCCUGCGGCUGUUCGCGAAGCCAGGGGACAAGCUGUACUCGCGGUUGUCGGUGAACGCGCAGAUGUGGGCGAAGGUGUCGCAUGUGAUGAAGGUUGGGCGCAACAACUUCAACCCCCCGCCGGCGGUCGAGUCGAAUGUUGUGCGGCUGGAGCCGAAGGUGCCGCGGCCGCAGAUUAGCUAUGAUGAGUGGGAUGGGUUGCUGAGGAUUUGCUUUGUGAGGAAGAAUCGGACGUUGCGGGCGGCGUUUCUUACGACGAGUGUGGUGCUGGAGAUGCUGUCUGCGAAUUAUAGGGUAUGGUGCGCGCAGAAUGACAUCGUUAUUACUGACGAGGAAGAGCCGGAAGAACCAGUAGGUGAAGGGGAGGCAAUGGAGGUUGAUGGUGCGGCUGAGGAAGAGGAAUGGGGUGGGAUCGCAGAGGAUGGCGAGGAUGACGAACUGCCAGAUUUCUUCAAGGAGCACCAGAAGGCGCAGACGCGGCAAGGCAACCCGAAUCGCAAGAGGAAGGGGAAGGUGGCUGAGAUUGUUAGGGAGAAGGUCCGAAAAGUAUUGGAAGAUGAGACGGAGCUGGCUGAGAAGAGAGCGAGGUUGUGUGACGAGAGUGACUUCUUGAAGCUUUUGUAUGCCUUCAAUAAGGAGGGUAUUCACUUCAAUUGAGAGCUUGGUACGGAGAAAGUUUCAGUAUGGCAUUUACGGGACUAUGGCGUUGGG